UAAACGAUGCAAAGGGGAGUGCGAUUCAAUGCCCGAUACGAUCCAAAGGAAUAAACGAUGCAAAGGAGAGUGCGAUUCAAUGCCGAUACAAUCAAAAGGAAUAAACGAUGCAAAGGAGAGUGCGAUUCAAUGCCCGAUACAAUCCAAAGGAAUAAACGAUGCAAAGGAGAGUGCGAUUCAAUGCCCGAUACAAUCCAAAAGAAAAAGAAAAGCAAAGGUAAGGGUGGUAAGGGCGCUUCUCAACAAGCCAAACUAAAAAAGAAGUGUAAGGCACUGGCCCAAAAAGCAAAGUGUGCUAAAUUAGCAAAGAAAAGCAAGAAAGGUAAAGGAGGAAAACGAUGCAAAGGAGAAUGUGAUUCAAUGCCCGAUACAAUCCAAAAGAAAAAGAAAAGCAAAGGUAAGGGUGGUAAGGGCGCUUCUCAAGCCAAACUAAAAAAGAAAUGUAAGGCACUGGCCCAAAAAGCAAAGUGUGCUAAAUUAGCAAAGAAAAGCAAGAAAGGUAAAAGCGGAAAAGGCAAAUCAAAGAAAAGCUCUUCUAAACGCUGCAAAGGGGAGUGCGAUUCAAUGCCCGAUACAAUCCAAAGGAAAAAGAAAAGUAAAGGCAAGGGUGGUAAGAGCGCUUCUCAACAAGGCAAACUAAAAAAACAAUGUAAAGAAUUGGCCCAAAAAGCAAAGUGUACUAAAUUAGCAAAGAAAAGCAAGCAAGCCAAACUAAAAAAGCAAUGCAAGGCAAUGGCUAAGAAAGAGAAGCAAAAUAAGUUAAAAAAGCAAUGUGCAGCUAUGGCGAAAAAAGAAAAAGAAGCAAAGCUUAAAAAGCAAUGCAGUGCACUGGCUCAAAAGGAAAAGAAGGCAAAGCUUCAAAAGCAGUGCAAGGCAAUGGCCAAGAAGAAACAAAAAGCUCAGCUUAAAAAAAAAUGUGCGGCAAUGGAAAAAAAGGCAAAGCUUGAAAAGAAAUGCAGCGCAAUGGCUCAAAAGGAAAAAAAAGCAAAGAUUGAUAAGAAAUGCGUGCUAUGCGUCCCUCCAUGGGAGAAACCCCAUGGGAAAGAAAUGCUAAAGUGGCAAAAAAUCGAAACAAGAUCAGCUAAAAAAAGCGUGCGCGGAAGCAGCGCAGAAGGAGAAAUGUGAAAAGAUGGCAAAGAAAAAAGAAGCAAAGCUUAAAAAGAAAUGCAGCGCAAUGGCUCAAAAGGGAAAAAAAGCAAAGAUUGAUAAGAAAUGCGUGCUAUGCGUCCCUCCAUGGGAGAAACCCCCAUGGGAAAGAAAUGCUAAAGUGGCAAAAAAAUCGAAACAAGAUCAGCUAAAAAAAGCGUGCGCGGAGGCAGCGCAGAAAGAGAAAUGUGAAAAGAUGGCUAAGCAGAAGUUAAUAGACAGACUUAAACAACAUUGUAAGAAAUUAGCGGAAAAGGCUUUGGCAACCAAGUGUAAAGAAGAGGCCAAGCGAAAAGCACAAAAAGAAAAAGGAAAGAAAAUUAAAGAGGAAUGUCUUAAAAUGGCCAAUGAUAAACCACCAAGUAAAAGUAAAUAAAUGUUGUCGAUAGAUUAGAAAAUAGAAAUAGCAAUAAAAAUUGUAUUUGAGCGUCAACUGAGAUUACAAAA